GCGCUGGUUGUUGGUUGUUGCUCACUUUACCCAUUGCCACCGAAGAUGCCCGCCACCAAGCGCGCCUGCCCGACCGCCGACGCUGUCUGCGCCAAGCGUCCGUGCGUGACGCCUACCGACUGCUCGCCACUGGACGACGACAUUGCCACGGACGAGCGCGAUGCAGGCCAUCAUCACAGUCGGUACGCGACAGCGGCCCUGCGCUUUGGCGAAUGCCAUCCCACACAUGCCCGCUACUUGUACAAGGCCAAGCUGGCUGAAAUUGAGGAGACUGACGGCGAGACGGUGCGAGCUGCCGCGAUGCGCCGCUACCUGGACUGCAGCGACGAGGCCAACGACGGCGACACCGACACGGGCCUCCAAUGGAGUGACGACGACGACGACGACGUCAAGAAGCCUUAA